AUGGACGACGCAAGGCGAGCAAAUAGAAGAGGACAGAGGAAGAAGAAUGACUUAGAUAGAAGGGUGAAACCAAUCGACGAUAGCCGAGCCGAUGCGGGCUUUCGGAAAGAUUCAGGCAGCCAAAGAAGACGCGGAAUACAAUUCGCUGCCCGAUCACAAUCGAGCCCGAGUCUGGCAAGCUGCGAGCGAGCCAGCGCACCGACCAAUUCGCAGUCGCGGUCGCCUGCAAUUCGCGAGCCUGUCGAGCUGGAAGCUUGGCUCGAUUUCCAACACUCAACACUUGAUUUCCAGCACAGACAGCACACGGAGCGAAACACACACGCAGAGCAACAGCGCUGCAGCAGGGCAAGAGAUUCCGAGACGCGAGCCAUACCUUCUCAUCGACCUUGCCAAUCAUCGCACCCGUCCUCCCUUCUCCAUCACUUCACCGCUCGCAACGACAUUGCAGCUCACCGACUGGCACGUAGUCUCCGCUUCUGCUAG